GAAGACUGUUUAAAAACAGUGAUCUCCACUUAGCUUGUAAAUGCACAUCGCCCUCUUUCUCACUCAUAUAUUCUCUCUGCCUCUCUCUCUCUGACACACACACACACACACACACACGCUCCUGGAUUUGCAGAAGACAGACAUCUAGGGCACUUCUUGGCAUCCACAGGAAAAUCAUAUGGGAUUAAAACCCCCCAGCAGAUUUGCUGAAAGCUGCCUCUCGAGGGUUACAAGUUCACCUUUUGCAUUUACAGCUGCUUGUUUACUAUCCCUGUGGUAACCUCUGGACAGCCAGAAAUCCAUUCAUUAUCCGCACUGAUUGAGUGCGGGAGCGGCGCGGUGCUAACUACUUCACUCAGCUGACGGCAGACAACAAAAGGAGCAAAAUGAUGAAUUCGGACAAUUUAACCUCCCAAAGCUUCCUCUCUGCGAUUCACAGCAACACCACCAAUUUAUUCUCAGGGCUCCAGUUUGUUCAGUCCUUCAAGCCACUCAUCAUCCCCUGCUACUCGCUGGUGGUUUUUAUUGGUGUCAUUGGGAAUUACCUUCUCAUCUAUGUCAUCUGCAAGACAAAAAAAAUGCACAACGUCACCAACUUUCUGGUAGGCAAUCUGGCUUUCUCGGACAUGCUUAUGUGUGCAACCUGCGUGCCCCUGACCCUGGCCUAUGCCUUUGAGCCCCGGGGAUGGGUUUAUGGGCGCUUCAUGUGCUACUUUGUUUUCCUGAUGCAACCCGUCACGGUGUUUGUGUCUGUCUUCACCCUGACUGUCAUAGCCGUGGACAGGUACUGUGCCACGGUGUACCCGUUCCGCAGGAGGCUCACCAUCCCCAUCUGUGCUUACAUCCUGGCUGCUAUUUGGCUGCUGAGCUGCACUUUGGCUGCCCCAGCCUUGGUGCACACCUACCACGCAGAGUUCCCGGAGCUGGACUUCUCCAUCUGCGAGGAGUUUUGGUUCCACAUGAAAAGAGAUCGCUUGGCUUAUGCCUACAGCACCCUCAUCAUCACCUAUGUGUUGCCUUUGGCUGUCAUCUCCCUGUCCUACCUGAGGAUCUCAGUCAAGCUGAAGAACCGUGUGGUCCCAGGCAAUGUCACCCAGGGCCAGGCUGAGUGGGACCGUGCCAGGAGGAGAAAGACUUUUCGCUUGCUGGUUUUAGUGGUGGCAGCCUUUGGAGUCUGUUGGCUGCCCCUGCACAUCUUCAACAUGAUAAAGGACAUCGACAUCAGCUUGAUUGACAAGCAGUACUUCAACUUCAUCCAGCUGCUGUGCCACUGGUUUGCAAUGAUGUCUGCUUGUACCAAUGCCUUCCUCUAUGCCUGGCUCCAUGACAGCUUCAGGGGAGAGCUGAAAAAAAUGUUUGCCUGGAGGAAGAAGAAAAUUGGACCCGCUACAAACUGCAUUAUGGCCAGUGUGGUGCUGUAAAAGAGAGCUGGUGGGAGUGCCCCUCCUUUGUACAUGAACAUUGGAAUAUCCAGAAGAUGAUAACAGCAAAAAUCUAUACCUACAUUUCCUACAAUUCCUACAUUUCCAUGAGGCACUGGAGCAAGAGGACUGCAAGGAGAAGCUUGAAGCUUUCAGCGUGGAGAUGAGCUCUGCCUCUCCUGCUUAGCACAGCUCUGGCUCUCCAGAUAAGAUGCUGGAAAGGCAGCUGGUGGCUCACAGCAGCAGAAGUGGCUUUAUUGCAGUGCUUUGUGAGAAGCUGGUGCUGGUGUGGGCUGGGGAUCACCCAGUGUAGCUCAGCUUCUCCCAGCAGCAUCACCAGAAGGGUGGCUGCUCUGCUCUGGGGAGGCUGAUGAACUCGAGGUGUUGUCUCUCUUUCUAGAGCUUCUCAGCCACAGGGAGACGUGUUUGUUUACUCCAUCACACCCACAAGACAGCUGAAAAAAGGUGACAUGGUACACUGUCCCAGGUUGCCACCAUCCCCAGCUCAAGUUUGUGACCUGCCGUGCUUGGGGGUGGGAAGGAGAAGCAACAGCCUGUGCUGGGAACCAGCCCCAUCUUGGGCUCCUGGAGGCAGGGCAAGAAAGAAAGCAAAAACCAGAUUUCUGAUCUUCAAGCUAACAAUAACCAGCCAAAGGGUAAAUCUGUAACCACCCAGAGGCUGUUCCUGUGCCAGUGUAGGAGGCACUCAAGCUUUCUGGGAGCGUGGUUCCUCACCUGUGGCGUGUCAGCUCGGUGUAUUUGCUUUGUGGUAUCUUUCUUCCCUCCCCUCACCCCCUCAGUGCAACAGGGGCAGGCCAGGCAAAAGCAGGAACAUCAGGGUGAGGUCCACAUCCCAUUUCUGUAUGGUCCAGAGGCAGAGGGGUUGAGGGCAGAUGCACUUGUGAAAGGGUUUUUUAAAUAAAAAGAAUUGAAAGGUUAGUGAUGGAGUUCCCAGGCAAGUGUUCAACCAACCCACUCCUCAGCCACUGGAGAAAACUCUGGAGGAAGUAAGAUGACAAAAAAUAUCAUGUGCAAGAGCUAGCUAUCAGCUAAAUAACAAUAUAUAAUACAUACAAAGUAUUUCAAAUCCUUAACAUGACGAAAUUAUCACUCAGCUUUGGAACGAUUUCCCCUCGAUUAUUGGAUCAUUUUAAAAUUCAACAUCUGUUGUUAAUAUGCAUAGAUUAAAAAAAAUAAAAAUAAUUUUGAAACCAUCUGAAGCACUCAACAGCAUAUGGCAGACCUGUUUAAUCUUAACAAGUCAAUAAUAUUAUCAUUGUGAAUCACUUCUUCAUUAAAACAUGUAUUAAUGUCUGUUGCAUAAAAUAAUGUCUGUUUGUAAAAGCCUUUUGUACCACCCAUGCAAUUGUCACUUGUCUCAGCUAAUUCUAGAUUGCUUUGAUACUACCUCCUCUUGGAAAACUGUCACCGACUGAGGACAGAGGAAAUGCAAAUCAUCACCUGUCGAAGUUCUGACAACAACACAGACAAAGUGAAGGGAAGAUUUUGAAGACCUGUGUUUUGCUGUAGUGACAAAAAUAUGGAUUUCUUUGCUUUUAAGGCAUUGUGGAAAGCACUGUUCCAAACAGUUCAUACCCCCCCCAAACCUUGUGUACGGUGUCUGACAAAAUUUGUAUUAUUUCACAGUUCUUAACAUUCUUUGCUUAUUGCUAAAUGAAGGAACUAUUCACAUGAACAGCUUAAUUUACAGUGUUGAAAAUAGGGAUAAUUAGGCAAGCACUUUCUCUUCCA